AAGCAGUUAUUUUUUUAAUGUAAAAGAAGGUUAUUUUAAGGGUUGUUAUUAAUGUGUAUAAAAGUUGUACUCAUUCAAAGGGAGUGUAAUGAUGACUGAAUGACUUUGAAACAGUUCAAUUAUUUUUUAUAAGAAGAUUUCUUUCUUUCCCUGGCACAAAGGGGGGAAUAAAUAACAACAAAAACAAACUAAACAACAAAAAAAACAUCAGUGUCGGUUUUCAGCCAAAUUGUAAUUUUAAACAUUAGCAUUGGCCUAAAAUUUCACAAUCGGUGCAUCCCUACUAACGUUAGGUCCAAUUGGUCAAGGAACACAAAGCAGUCAGACUAUCAGACAGGUUGUAAUCAAAAGCCCAGGUUAGUCCAAUUUAAUUUGAAUAGAAAACAAAGGCAAACAGUGACAUCACUCCCCACACUGUACGCUGUAAUUAUCCAGCCCACAGUGCUCAUUUUAGAACUAUUUUAUAUGGCAGGGUCUUCAGAGGUAGUAAAAGCAAAGUCUACAUCUGUGAAAGAAGCCUGUUGUUGUGAGGUAAAUUACUGUGGGUGCUGCACGCAAUCUAAUAUUGUGUGUGUGUGUGUGUGCGUGUGUGUGUGUGUGUGUUUCAGACCGUGGAAAGGGAAGGCAGAGACAGGCCAUUUUAGGCGAACAUCCGUCAUCCUACAGUGAUAACGGCUAUGGUCCACCCUGCCCCCUGCUGCCUCUGCCUGGCAACAGCAGGUACAAGCUCACCUCAGUGGAUGUUCCGGACAUGGUGUCAUACCCUCUGCCCCAGUCAUCCUCCUCAUACUCGGGCCAUGCCCCCAGCUCUGUUGCCAUGGUGAGCGGCCUCCAUUCUUCCAAGAUGAAUUGCACCCGCAUCUUCAACCUUUUCUGCCUCUACGGCAACAUUGAGAAGGUAAAGUUUAUGAAGAGUGUUCCUGGCACAGCGCUGGUUGAGAUGGGGGAUGAGUAUGCUGUGGACAGAGCCAUCACACACCUCAACAGCAUCAAGGUGUUUGGCAAGAGACUCAAUGUCUGUGUGUCUAAGCAGCAUGCAGUCAUCCCCAGUCAGGUGUUUGAAUUAGAGGACGGCAGCAGCAGCUAUAAGGACUUUGCCAUGACCAGGAACAACCGCUUCAGCAGUGCCGGACAGGCCUCCAAAAACAUCAUCCAGCCUCCAUCUGCAGUGCUACACUACUACAACGUUCCUCCAUGCAUAUCACAGGACCAUUUAUUGAGGCUGUGUACGGAGCAUGAUGUGCCUGGCUUCGUCAAAUUCAAGAUGUUUGAUGCCAAACCCUCGUCUAAGACCAUCUCUGGCUUGUUGGAGUUUGACAGUAAGACGGAGGCUGUGGAGGUCCUUACUGUUCUUAACCACUACCAGAUCAGGAUACCCAAUGGGUCCAACCCAUACACCCUGAAACUGUGUUUCUCCACCUCGUCUCAUCUAUAAAAGGUUGCAGAGCACAAGAAGAGGCUGCUGAGCCUGAUGAAGGCUGACCUCUGACCUGAGAGACGGAGAGGGACCAUGGCAGACAGACAUGAGGAGGAGACAUAUAUAAAAGAGGAAGAGAAUCAGAGAGAGAUGUGGCCUUUAAGGAGAUAAAGAUGGGAAGGAAAGCACUCAGGAGAGAGAGAAGACACUGUCACUUUCUCCAAACUGAACAUCAAACACACACCCAUCACCCCUCCAUCCGAUAAAGUUCAACAAGCUGACAGACUAGUGACCGUCUAAAAUACUCAAAUUAUAUGUUUAUAUUGUUAUAUGGGAUGUCUGGAGGACACUGCUCAUGUGUUUGUCCCAGAAGUCUUGAAUGGAAUGACUGACAGACAGACAGACACUCUGAGAAAUUUACUGUACAAACUGGAUGUCAUCAUCAUUUUUGCACAUGGCGACUUAAACCAUAUUUUAAUGUUUAAAAGCAGAUGAAUACAGUGUGUUAUUUUGCAUUGCCAUUGAACAAGUUCUCAUUUAGGGUUCAUUAGUGCUACAUGAACAUUUUACCCUGGCAGCAGUGAAGCCGUGGGACAAAGGUGUCUCUCCCCACUGUUUGGCCGAGAGUGAGAUAGCUCAACCACCGAGCAGCUGUUAAGUUUGCUGUGGAUGUUCAUGGUCCCCAGAGGAAGACUCCAAAGGUUUUGGUGACCCUCUGACCUGACUUUACCUCUACCACCAGCAUGAGGUCAGAAUUCUCAGCCAACACUUCGACCUGACAUGGCAGGGCUGACUUGGGUUGGUUGGCACACAGAUAUUUUCUGGUCCUUUAAAAGUCACAGAAACAAAAAUGUUUGCUCUCUUCACUGCACCGAUCUACUACGAUGAUACAUCUAAAAGUCACUAAUACACUGGUCUGUGGACUAAACAUAAUAUAAAACUGUGUUAGAUAUAGAUAUUGGAAAAGUGUUACUUUUGGUUAAUAGACAAAGGAAUCAGCUACUUAAGCAAUAUCACAUGAGAGGCAGUGAUGUUGUACUGUAUAUCGUCACGGCUGUGAUUUGGUCGAAGGCACAGGCCGCAGGCCAAGUGCCGAAGACAUUUACAGCUGUGACGAUAUAUAGUACAAUGUCACGACCUCGAGUGUGAUAUUGCUUAAGUAGCUGUUGUUGAACAACAGUUCAACAGAG